AUGAUUGAAAUACGAAGACCACUCUCAGAAAAGAAUUUGGGAAAUAGAUCAAGCAAAGACUUGUAAAGACCAAAUUCAUCCAAUUCAUAAUAAAAAUAGAAUUUGUAAACCAUGAAAAGUUCAAUAUAAUUACAAAAACAAAAUCAAAACUUUUAUUCCAAAUAUUUUAGUAGUAAGGAUUAAAAAGAGAAUAUGGAGAUUCGUUCCAAUGUCGAAAGAAAUCCAUCAGCCAAAUCAAAAUAGACACCUUAGGAUUAUAAAAAAUUGUAAGAUAAACUUCUCUAUUUGGAAAAUAAAAUUUCAUCAAUCAAAUCUCACAUCGAUAAUAGUUAGAGACAAUCAAAAAAUAGUAUAGCUUCUAAGUUUUUUUCAUAAAACACACAAAAUAACCACAAUUCCCAAUCUGUCUAAAAGUGUGUGUAAAUUGAUUUCACCAAUAGAGGAUAGAAGGAACAGAGAGAAUUCACUCCUCAAUAAUAAAAUAAAUUAAAAUCAAGUACUCUAGUUAAUAAUAACAAUGAAUACAAAACUUCCAUUGAAGGAACAAUAAUUAAAAAGCCAAGCCUAUCAACAUUUGUUACUUAAGUUAAAGCCCCAUUGACUGACAAUAAAACGAAUUUUAAAAACUUAAAGCCAGAUUCUGCCAAGGCUGGUAGUUCAAUUAAGACCAAUUUUAAAAGGAAGAACUCUCAAGAAAAAACAGUAGAGUCCUCAUUUUUAUAUUAUAUCUCAUCAAUUAUUAAAGGAUAUAUGCAACCAGAGAUAACAAGGCCAAUUGAAUUGAUUAGAGAACAUUUACUUUAAACAAUGUAGGCAUCCUUGUUUUAGAAAUCUGUUAAAAUAGUAUCAAGUGUUGAAGAUAAGAAAGUCAAUUUACCCUCCACAAAUAAGAAGACUAUUGUUUUUGAUUUAGAUGAAACUCUCAUCCAUUGCAAUGAAUCAAUUCAGGUUCCAGGCGAUGUAAUUCUACCAAUUAAAUUCCCCUCUGGAGAGAUUAUUGAAGCUUCAAUCAAUAUCAGACCUUAUGCUUAACAAGUUCUAUAGACUUUGCAUAAACAUUUUGAGAUCAUAGUAUUUACUGCAUCGCAUUCUUGCUAUGCAAAUGUAGUCAUUGAUUACUUGGACCCUCAUAAAAAUGUGAUAGCUCAUCGAUUUUUCAGGGACAGUUGCAUGCAAACUGAAGAAGGAGCAUACAUAAAGGAUUUACGAGUAAUUGGAAAUAGAUCAUUGAGUGACAUGGUUUUAGUGGAUAAUGCAGCCUAUUCUUUUUGUCUUCAACAACUGAAUGGCAUCCCCAUUAUUAAUUAUUAUGAUAAUAAAAUGGAUUAAGAAUUACUAUAUUUACAAAACUAUUUGAUGUCGUUAAGAACAGUCAGAGAUGUUAGAUAAUACAAUAGUUAAAAUCUUAAAUUAGAUAAAUUUGCACAAUUCAGCGAUCCUAUUGAUUUAUUGCAAUCUCUUCAUAAGGAUUAUAUCCCUUGA